AUGCAAUUCCCCAGCAUCAUCAUCUCCUCCCUCCUCGCUUUCACUACCAACGUCAAUGCCUGGUCCCAAAACGAUGAUACCAAAGUCUGGACUGCAGGUAACAACUACACGAGCAUUCGCGGCUCUGUGGUCCACGAAGCGUGCACCGAGAUGAAUACGCAAAAUAUUCGUGCCCAUGGAACGGAUUGCGCUUAUUGGACUAAUGGGGUGGGAGGUCUUUUGGUGGGGAAGUGCAACUAUCAAGGAAACUCGGUUCUUUGCAUCAGUGGUUGUUAG